UCAUUAUUAAACAGUAUGUUCAGUGUUGGUAUAUUAAAUCUUUGUUUUGUUUACUUUUUUCUACGAAAAAUCACUUUGGACAAGUUCUCUAAAUUUAUAUUUGUUUUUUCCAACUAUUUUCUUUUUAAAAUAAAAAAAUGGAAGAGUAUGAGCUACAGUUGUUGACUGUAGAGCAGGCUUUAUUGACAACCCAGGAUGAGAGUGCACGACAGGAACUGCAGACAUUGAAAGACAGUAUUAUAGAGCUAAUAGCAUUGACACAAGUUGCAGAGGAAGAAACCAAAAAUGAGGAACAAAUAAAUGACGAUGAUGAAAUGCAAAGAUUUAUGAGGGAGAUAAAUGAAAUCAGCAAAGAUGAAAAACGUGAUGACGGCUCAAAACUACAAGAAUUGAAAAAUAAAUUCGAGAAGAUGAUAGGAGAAAAGUGUUCCGCUCCCCAUAAACACACAUGGGGAGCGGUAGGUUAUCAUAAUGCGAUAAUAUGUGGCAUAGAAGAUGAGGAUUACAUAGACGAGGACGGCAAUGUUGAUGUUAAAUUGCGUGUUCUUUUCACCAAUCCAACCCAUAGAGAAAUGUUACCUUGUAAUUAUUACUUUGAAGGCAAUUGCCGCUUUGAUGAUGCAAAUUGUCAUUUUUCGCAUGGAGAAACUAUACCAGCAGCUGAGUUGAAAGAAUAUACCGUUCCAGAUUUUUCACGUUUAUCGAGAAAUUGUGUAGUUUUGGCUAAACUCAAUGAUCGUUUGUGGCAUCGAGGUCGAGUAUUAUGUGCCAACUUUGUAGAAAAACUAUGUCGAGUACGUUUGGAUAACGUAAAGGACCACAAGGAACGGGAAAAGGAUUUUAAUUUUGAAGACUUAUUGCCAAUAUUUCAUGAUGAAGAUUUAUCUACUGGUUCCUCCAGUGAUUCAGAAAGCGAUUCAGAUGAUUAUCCAAAAACAUCAAUGGAAUCUAAUUUAGGUUUUAACAAUUUAUUCACUUACCAGUUGGCACAACCUUUAGGAAAUUGGGAAAAACAUACAAAGGGCAUAGGCUCGAAACUAAUGGCAAAAAUGGGUUAUGUUUAUGGCACCGGUUUAGGCUCUGAUGGUCGUGGAAUAAUCACUCCUGUAACAGCACAAAUCCUACCACCUGGACGUUCUUUAGAUCACUGCAUGGAAUUGCGGGAAGCUGCCAACGGAGAUAAAGAUCUUUUUAGUGUAGAGAAAAAGCUUCAGAAAGAUCAAAAGAAACAGGAACAGUUAAAUGCGAAAGCUUAUGCUAGAGAAUCACAAAAAUCAUCCGAUGUAUUCUCUUUCAUUAAUGACACUAUCUUAGCCACCUGCAAACCCACUGAAGCCAUACAAACAAAAAAACCAUCUUUACAAAGUCAUACCUCUAAGUCCCUCAAUGUGGAAACUGUACGAGUGGCCGAUGAUAUACGCCGUAAGGAACGUGAAAUUGCCGAAGUCGAGAAAUCUCUAAAACGUAAUGCUAGUGGUUCACAGUUACACGAUCAAUUAAAACAAAAGCUGCAUGCAAAAAAUGCGGAAUUAAAUCAGUUGCAGCGUGAGGAAAAGUCCUUGUCAAGAGAACAGGCCACACGAAAAACAAAAGAAAAGUUAUGUGUUUUUUAAAUUAAGUUUUAUUUUUUUACUUCUUCAUUUAUCUACGUUUUAUUUGGAUUUAUAAAUUUGUAUUAAUGAUUAUUUAAAUUAUUACAAAAACUAAUAAUUAGACAAAAUGU